CAUCUAUUUUGAACUACUUGGAAAUUCUUCUGGUAGACAUAAUAUAUGGAUACAUAAUGAGAGUCGUAUGAUCUUGGAUGCCUUUGCCCAGCAGUGCAGUCGAGUACUUAGUCUCUUAAAUUGUGGAGGAAAACUUCUGGACUCCAAUCAUUCUCAGUCUAUGCUUUCUUGCGUAAAGCAGGAAGGCUGUAGUUACAAUGAAAGACAGGAACAGUGUCACAUUGGGAAAGGGACCCACAGUCAGACCUCAGACAAUGUAGACAUAGAGAUGCACUAUAUGCAAAGGAAACAACAAACUUCUGCCUUUUUGAGAGUUUUCACUGACUCUUUGCAAAAUUAUCUGCUCUCGGGGAGCUUUCCAACUCCAAACACCUCGUCGGUCAGUGAGUAUAGCCACCUGGCCGAUGUGGAUCCUCUCUCAACCUCCCCUGUGCACACACUAGGUGGCUGGACCUCCCCAGCAACAUCUGAAUCCCAUGGCCACCCAUCUUCUUCUACACUGCCAGAGGAGGAAGAGGAGGAGGAAGAGGAAGGCUACUGUCCUCGAUGCCAGGAGUUGGAACAGGAGGUUAUUUCACUGCAACAAGAAAAUGAAGAGCUCAGAAGGAAAUUAGAGAGUAUUCCAGUGCCCUGCCAGACUGUGCUGGAUUACCUGAAAACAGUGCUGCAGCACCACAACCAGUUCCUGAUGCCCCAACCAGCUGACCAGCCAACUGAGGGAAGCAAGCAGCUGCUGAACAACUAUCCUGUCUACAUAACGAGCAAACAGUGGGAUGAGGCUGUAAAUUCUUCAAAGAAAGAUGGGAGACGGCUCCUUCGAUACCUCAUCAGAUUUGUUUUCACAACCGAUGAGCUUAAGUACUCAUGCGGCCUUGGAAAAAGGAAAAGGUCAGUGCAGUCAGGAGAGACAGGUCCUGAAAGACGCCCUCUGGAUCCAGUUAAAGUCACAUGCCUCCGAGAAUUCAUUAGGAUGCACUGUACCUCCAACCCAGAUUGGUGGAUGCCCUCGGAGGAGCAGAUAAACAAAGUGUUCAGCGAUGCUGUGGGUCACGCCCGGCAGGGGCGGGCGGUGGGGACUUUCCUGCACAACGGUGGCUCAUUUUAUGAAGGGAUCGAUCACCAGGCUUCACAGGAUGAAGUCUUCAAUAAAAGUUCACAGGAUGGAUCUGGGGAUUAGUGGACAGAAUCUUCCCCACUGUAGCAGCCAGUCCUUUCAAGAGCUCCAAUUGUAAAUGUCUUUGUACCUGUCACCUGAGAGUCCAAAGCAUGUUAUUGUCAUACUUAUACAUUUUCAACCUUAAAACUCUUGAACAACUGCCAUAGUUCCAAAAUACAAGUCCAUUUUAUGUUUGUUUGGGGAGUCUGUGGCACCUACAACAGACAUAAGAAAUAUUAUCAAAAGUAAAACUCAAGUUUCUAUAGAAUGAUUAUUGGUUGAAUGGUGAGGGUGAAAAAAUAGAUGAGCUCCUGGUCACCUGUCCGCAUCUUCAAGUAAGCUAUUUCCUUUGCAGAGCUGGUCUCUAAGGGAGGUUAAGUUAGUGUUCAUGUCUAUGGGAGAAGUAAGAUGUGGAGCUAUUUUAUGGAACAAGGAAUAUGCCUUCUCUGAGUUUAAUUCAAAUAAGUUGUCUUUACAUUUUCCAAAGAUUUGAAUUCAGAGUUCUCAGCAAAGACACAGAACAGCUGACAUCAUAUGAUGUCUGUAUAUUACCAGGCCCGUUCUUAACAAAAAGCCAGAGAGCAGAGGCCAUUUGUAUAGACAGUGGUUAAUUGGAAGCCAGCUACUUUGUUUUACAAAGAAAACUUCCACCUUGUUGCUCAGAAAGGCUAUGUGAUCACUGGAGUAACAGUAAUAGUGUUUUGUUAUGUGAGUUAAGAAACAUCCAAAGAUCUACAAUGAUUUUCAAAUGCUUGGCUUCAUAGAUUCACAGAUCACAGUUUCCAUAGCCUUAAAUCAGGCUUUGUCAACACAAUGCCAAAGUAAUGGGUUGAACAGUGAGAAUUUCUGUUAGUAUGUUGCCCUGAAUACCAGACACGUGGUAUGAUUGAUGGUAUUGCUGCCUUGACCAGAUUUUCUGAAGUUAUAGACACAUUUUCAAGGCCAUUCUGACAACUAUGCAAUGGGUUUGUCAGCAAUUUCUCUGAUAUUUGAAAAUCUUCUGUGCUAAGUUGAUCUUUAGGAUUUGUAUGAAACUUCUUUUCCCCCUUUGUUGUUGAUGAAGAUGUUUGGUCCCAAGUGUGUGUGCCUCCCUUCCCCCAUUAUUCCCCUGAAUGCCACGCUCUGGCUCAUUUCACACUGUUCUACAUUCACCCAAUUCCCCCGUUUAGCUUGUUGAGCUCCAUAUGUGAAAGUGUUUCUGUCUUUGUCAGCAAAUUCUACAAAGGUGCUAGAAUCAUUAUUUCUGAGGAUUUAGCUUUGGAUGUGAGGGGAAACUGCCUAUGCCAAACUAGUUCACAUUCUUUGUUGUACAGAUAUCUAAGUUGCUGGCAUUUAUUGAAGGCUUUUGUCAUCUACAAACACAACAAAAAAACCAGGUGGAAAUUCAAAUUUAUGAGCAUCCAUUUAUGAAGUACAUUUUUAAAACCUUUUUUUGGUGAAAGUAAAACCACAAAUUAGCCGUUGUGUUUAGUAUUGGUGAGCAUACAAAGUAUUUGCAGUCCUAGAAGCAAGUCCUUCUGUAGCCUCUUUAAUGAUUGUUAGCUUUUAUCCAUUGAAAAGUUUAGUGUGUAUGGAGAUGGUCAUUUGUCAGAUUUGUAGCAGCUAUAGGAAGAACUAAUUCUAAUUCUGUUUAAAGGUGUGGAAAGUCAGUGUCUUAAGAGAUUCUUUGAUGUCAUAAAAUCUUGGGUAGAAAGAAAACACCACCAUAGCCUCAUCUGCCUUUCCAUUUUAUCUUUCCUUUUUUUUGCCCUCUGCUUUAGUUAUCCUCACUGCUGAGUGCUUUGUCCUUGUUUUCUCUAGCAACGAUAUUGACCAUCACUUUAGGAAAAACAAUUCUAGGUUUGUUUUCCUAUUAAAUGUGAGAGUUCUGCACAUUGUUUGGUGUCAUGCUGUUCUUCACUAAUGGGGACAGGCACACCUGUACACUCGUUCUGCAUGGCCUUACACAUGACAUGCCUACACCACAGCUGUGAGUAGCUGUGAUUUUCACUACUUGCAAGGGCUGCUCUAGUGGGCUUGCAUACCACCUUUGCCCUAGAGACACACCAGGUCUCCUCCCUCAUUUGCUCCCACUCCAGGUGGGUUAUUUUGUUAAGGCACAGAUUUUAGAAUGUUGAAAGUACUUGUUGGUUGGUUGUUUGCAUAUCUGGAAGCCAUCACCCACAGGGAUGACUCUGCACCUCAUAGCCAGUCCAUUGCCUUUCUGAGUAUUCUGUUAUACUUGUCAUACUUUGUGUAAUUGCUAUAUCUCUUUAAUCCACCCUCUGGCUCAGGCGUUUUUACUCACUAAGUCUGUAACAAAGCAUCAGCUCAGAUACUCUGCUGGUUACUCUCCUUAAUAUACAUCCAUCCUGGUGUUACUUGGCUUCAUGAUGGUAACUUGGCUUUUAAAUCAGGACUUACAAAGGACAUUCAGUUUUUUGAGGCUUUUUGUUUUCGUUUUGUUUUGUUAAGGUGCAGGUGGCUUCUGUGUGGCAAGGUUAAAAGCUCACCACUAACUAAGACCUGUCAAGUAAAGGUACAAGAUCCAAAUGAUGAA